AUGCAAUUCCCAGCUACUCUUCUCAUCAUCGUCGCUUUGGCCAAUUUGUAAGCCUCUUCCCUCUUCGCUUAAUUUUGAGAGAAAGAGAUACUAACACUAUAUGCAGUGCCUUUGCAGAUGUCCAUGUCAAAGGACUUUGCGUAGAUGUCAAAGAAGACUACGUAAGUUUCUUCUUCAUUUAUGCCUCAAAAUACUCAAAUACCUAACAAUAAACAUAGAACCUCUACAGUGUCAAUGCAACCCAAUCAGCCUGCGACGAAUACAAGAAGCGCAACACUGGCACUGAAAAAUGGGACACAUGUCCUGACUGCUUAAUGAUUGAGACUGAGCCUCCUCACUGCGAGAGUUUAGGAUCCCACAUGGGAGAAAAAGAGGUAAGCUUACUUCUAUCUUCCAGUGUUACAAAGUCACUGAUAAUUUGGGAAUAGUUUCAAGAAUACUGCAAAGCUGCUGGUGCUAGUAAAGCUAUGAUGAAUUGA